UUACCUGAGUAUAUGUGUCUGACCCACAGUUACGCCUGGAUAUCCGAUGUGUUGAUUGAAGAAUUGUGUUCUUUGAAGAAUGUCGCACUACACUCGUUACACUGUUCAUCAAUAAUUGUUCACACCAUAAUGUCACUAAAGAAGCUGAUCACACUUUUCUACUGACGAGCGACAGAGAGUGAUGAUGAGCCAAAUUGCCCAAGGCCUCGACCGAAUGCUGGCGUCAGGACCAGCGUUGGAAGAGUUCCCUGGAGGUGAUGCAGCUGCUGACGAGAACAGUGUUAUCAAGAACCUCAAGAAGCUCACCAGGAAGGUCAACGGUGUGGACACUCUCCUCCAGCAGGAGAUGAGGAAGAUUUCUAACGAGGUGAAGAUCGUGGGUGAGACUGUGGGUCAGCACAUGGAACAACUACAGCAGCGACACGACCGUCUCUCUUCCAGUAUGGACACCUGUCAGAGCCAGACCGUCGCAUCCAUCCAGCACCUGGGAGCCUCGCUGGCCGCCACCGCUGACAGGAUCCAGGAACAAGUAAGACUGCUAAGAAAGGAAGCAAUCGUGCAACAACGUUAG